GUCUGCUUUUGUCAGUCAUCACCUGGCAGGCAAGGCAGUCGAGUCCGUCGAGCGCAGGCAUAGACGCAGAGCUCCAGUACAGCACAGCAAUUUAGUGAGUGAGUCAGUCGGUGAGACAGACGCUUCGGUUGUACGGCCCGCGCGCUGCUAGCCAGCCCAGCCGCCUGAAUGUAGAUCCGCAUGGGCUACUUCUCCCACCGCACUCUCAUUCUCCAAAUAAGCCAGCGGUGUCAUAAGAUAAGGAUCCCAGGAUGGUGUUGGUGCAUGUCGGAUACUUGGUUCUCCCCGUAUUCGGCUCAGUAAGAAACCGAGGAUCCCAUUUCACCCGGCAACAGCAGCAGCAGCACAGCCAUGCUACCUCUUGCCGACACUUCCAGCUAGGCCCCCAGGCGCCGCUGCCCAUGGACUUCCCCAUGCCCCAGCCGCAGUCGGGCAUCAACCCCCACCUGGCCCCUCCUGGCCACCAGCACGGACCUCCGCUACAUCACCCGCCCCUCAACCCCAUGCCCGCCCCCCAGUUCCAGGACAUCCCCGCCCCUCCUUUCCUACCUCAGGCAUUACACCAGCAAUACCUCCUGCAGCAACAGAUCCUCGAGGCCCAGCAUCGACACAUCCUGCCACCCAACAGUAGACGCACAUCAGAGAGGGUUCCUCACCAGCCCCACAGACUGCGUCCAGGCUACGAGUUCCCCCCGCCUCUGCACGUUCCACCGCAGCCUGUGGUGCAGCAACCCCGCUACCUGGCCGAGGGCACAGACUGGGAUCUAAGUGUAGACACCGGACUCCCGCCACACCAGUACCACAUCCACCCACUGCCGCAGCACUAUCAGCACUACCUGACAUCUCCCAGGAUGCACCACUUCCCCAGGAACAGCGCCUCAACGCAAGUGGUCGUCCACGAGAUACGAAACUAUCCGUACCCUCAGCUGCACCUGCUGGCGCUACAGAGUCUCAACCCCUCACGCCACGCGUCUGCCGUCAGGGAGAGCUACGAGGAACUUUUGCAGCUGGAAGACCGACUGGGCAGCGUGAAUCGUGGCGCGGUCCAGACCACCAUCGAGAGAUUUACUUUUCCCCACAAGUACAAGAAGAGAUUCCCCCAAGACCUGAAGAUGUGUUUGGACGACGAGGAACUGGACACAGACGAGAAGUGCACCAUUUGUCUGUCCAUGCUGGAGGACGGAGAGGACGUCAGGAGAUUACCCUGCAUGCACCUGUUCCACCAGGCGUGCGUCGACCAAUGGCUGGCGACCAGCCGGAAGUGCCCCAUCUGCAGAGUGGACAUUGAAACCCAGCUCAACCCCGACAGUUGAUAGCCGCUCCUGCCGCACGCAAGCCUCAUGAUCCUCCACUCUAUCCCCUUCUUGGGAUUUGUGGGGUGCCUCCUCACUUCCCCUCUUGUUAGUGGGAGGAGGGCAAGGGGGCAAGGGUAGGAAAAUAACAAAGCACACACACACACUCAGACACAAGCAGGGAUGCAUGCGGUGGACACAGUUUUAAGACUGGGAUGGAUGGAUGGAUGGAUGGAUGGAUGGAUGGAUGGAUGGAUGGAUGGAUGGAUGGAUGGAUGGGUGGGUGGGUGGGUGGAUGGAUGGAUGGAUGGAUGGAUGGAUGGAUGGAUGGAUGGAUGGAUGGAUGGAUGGAUGGAUGGAUGGAUGGAUGGAUGGAUGGACAAGACAAGGGCGGGUGCGGCCAUAGACUGAUGUGCUGAGUCAUGCUCUAUGCACCCCCCACACUCCACAUACACAUACACACACAAGCACAUCUGUACAGAACAUUACUACACAAAAGCAUGAUUGGUGUGUAGCCCGACGCUUGUGGUGUGCUCUAGUACUGAUUGAGUAUUUACCGAGUAACAGUGUUGUGUAGCAACUUGAGAGUGUCAGAUAGCCCACGGUUAGAAAACCGGGUGGGGGAGGCUAAUCGCGUGCGUUGUAUGUACAAAGGCCAAAAAUAGCGGACAACACCCCCCCACCCCUCUUGUGUGUUGUGUUUCUUUUGGAUUUACAAUGAACCCUCGUUUUUUCACGGGGGAUACGUUCCAUAACCACCCCCAAUUGGUAAAAAUCCACCUGAUUGACAUAUGGCAUUUUUUCAGAGAUUAUAUAUAUUUUUUUUUUUUGACAUCUCAAUGUCUGCUGUCAAGAAAUGGGAAACUAUUGUGUAACAUCACUUUAAACAAUGGAUGAUUCUGAUGCCCUACAAUUUUUCACUGACUUGCUUGCAUUUUUCUAAAAAUGAGAGGCAGAGCAUGCUUGCUUCAGCUGUAUUUGCUACUCGCAGCUGAUGUUUGCUCUCAGACAGAGCCACAAAACAAAGACAACCAAACCUUAGAUUUGAACUUUUCAUGCAAAACCAACCAAACCAUGUCAUUUCAUCGAAUGAAAAGUCUGCUAGCUUAAUGCUAACAUUUAAUUGAAAAGGCUAUAUACGUGCUAACUGAAAUUAGCAGACAUGUUACAGUAAAAACUGUGACUUUAACACUGAGCAGCAACAAUACUCACUAGGGUAUAUUCUCUCUGCUCUCAAGCAACAAAUAUUAUCGGACAUCCUCUUCUAGACAUGUUGCGGCUAAACGUGGCAUCACACCGAAGGAGCGCAACUUUAAAUUCAGCCUUUCCUGUGAAAUCCUACAAUCGCGUCAUAUUAUAUAGCAGGGUUGUGAACCACAAUCCAGCGGGGGAACACUGUAGACGCCAUCCACGCUAAUGCGGCUAACUACAGGCAUGGCUUCCAGUGACGUGUGUGUUGUGUCAUAGUGGGCGCCGGGGGCAACGCCCCCACUGACCGGCCUCCAUCAUCAGAUGUGCAUGCUUGUGUACCAGGCUUGUGAGCCGUGUCGUGCUCAACGUGGUCGUAGUGGUGCAAAGUAGACGCAGGGACCCCCGUGUGCCCCCCCACCCGAUCCUCUUCAACACACGCGCACUCAGACACCAAUCCCUUCUACGGGCACCGUGUGUGACAGCAACUCCGCCAUCUUGCCUCGAGAUGAGUGACAUUUCUCAGAACCUUAUUGCCUACCGAACAAGCACAUGUGACUUUUUGUAUGAUUUUUAAUUUUGUUGCAAUUUGUGUGCCCAUUUCAGUUUCAGUUGCGCCCACUCACAUGCAAGUGGUGUUGUAGGGGAAAACAAAACAACAAGACACUAGUUUGCCUGCGUUAGUUUGAAUGCUCAAUUCCUUCGUGGUUAUACUGUGAUAGCCUGUGUGUGUGUGUGAGUUAGAUGCAUGUAGUCUUAGGACGAAAGGGAUUAAAAGCCAUCCAUUUUGAAAGAAAACAACAACCAAACAAUUGUUCUUAAUUGUCUUGCCAUUUUUUAGUUGACAUGCCAUGACAUGGUACUAAUACCCUUCACCUGUUCCAUGUCCAUGUUAACCACAGUGAAGAAAAAUUGCUGCAACACUGCAAAAAAAGACAAAACAUUUAUGGUAAUGUAGCGUGUGUUUUUUCUUUUUUCUUUCUUUUUUUGUAAAUGCACUACCAUGUGGAGUUGCCUGUUUUUGCGUUUGUUUUGGUGGCGUGUGUGGGUUCUUCUUGUCUUCGGGGUUUGUGUUUUGGUUGGAAUCCAAAUAUUUUCACACUUCCCUGUGCGUUCCCUACCAAGAAGUGAUAGGGCCACGUCGGAAUUCCAAGAACACAAAAGGCAUAAAAGUAACCCCCAUCAGCGUGGCACUAGCACUGCUUGAUUGUUAUCGCAGAAUAACUUGAUUGUGUUUUCAUGCGAGACCUCCAUCCAAAAAUGAAAAACAAACAAAAAAAUGUGCUAAAAUAACGGGAGGUUCUGCUAGUUCACAUAGAAUGCUGUGAUUUAAAGAUGCCUUAAGUAUUUAACAAUCAUUAUUUAUUACUAACUGUAGCUAGCUAGCUAUCGUGGUGGAAUAUUUAAUGUCUCAUAACUUUGCAAUUCAAUGGAUAUAUUUAUUUAAAAUAAGACAAAAAGUAUGACAAAAAAAAAGAAUACCUCAUUAUGCAUUGGGUCGGUGGGGAUGCUUCUGCAUGCCGUCUGUGUGAUUAUGAUUUUAUUAUUAUUACCCCCCCCCCCCCCCAAAAUAAAAGAAAACAAUGACACAUCUUACACUUUUGACACCAGCAUGGUGCUGUUGAACUAGAUGACAUUCCCUUUAGCUUUCCCUGCUUUUGAUCGGAGACACGUUUUGUCUUAGUAAUCGCUCUUUUUGCCAUACGAUGCUGCUUGGUAAUUGUUUUUUGACUCCACAUUGCUGACACUCAUAUCUGGAUCCCGAGGCCUCGUGUUGCCCUACGUAUUGCUGGCUGUUUUGCUUGGUGUAUUUCCAGCGGGGGUUGUAUUUCACUUAACAUGCUAACUUGAGCCAUCAUCGACAAAUAUAUAUUUAAAAUAAAAACACAACUAUAAAUGGAGUGUGGAUGUAAUAAGCUAACUUUUCAGUGUGCUUGUCCUCUCAAUGCUAAUAACUCUUUUGGAGAUUAAAAAAAAACAAAAAAGGGAAAACUCAAUAUUGGAAUUGAAUGAAGCUGGCUGGCUGGUCUUGACUAUUUCUUCUGAUUGUUUUAUUUUUGUUGGUUUAGCAUUUUCGAAUGACUAUUUGCGUGCUCUCACUGAGCUUAGCCCGCGCGCCUGCCACAGUGUACCCUCGUGUGUUGCUCCCGAGCCAAGCGGAGCGUAGCCAUAGUAUUAAAUAAAGUCCAGCCGAGGAAACAGUAGAACUUUGAAAGCACAAGCUUU